AUGCUGAUGAAAGGGUUGGUCUGCCCGUGCCCUGCCCUACCCAACUUCUUGGAGCUGGGAGCCUGCUUAAUGGCUGAGGGUUCCCGGACUCAGGCGUCAGGUCAAGGGCCUCCUAUCAACAUCCAGUUCCUUCGAGCCCAGUAUGAAAGUCUGAGGAGACAGCAGAGGACCCAGGCCCACCUGAUGGUGUUCCCUAAAGAAGGGGCCAUGCUUACUCCAGCUGAAUCGAUGACCAGUGCUGUUUGGAUUAACAAGGAGAGAAAGAGCUCACUGUCCCCAGAUGAGACUGACUCUGAAGUUGAGGGGACAUUGGAGGAAGUGGACAGAAGCUGCCAUCAGGCUCCUGAGACUCCAUGGCACACAUACUUAGAGAUGCACCGCUUGGUUCAAACCCUCCAUCUGGAAGCCAGCCACGAAGGGAAUCGCAAGGGCUCCUUUGCAGAGUCAGAACCGAGGCUCUCUCCAGAAGGAGACCCUAAUGUGUUGGAAAACAAUCACAAGACUCAGCAAGAAACCAAAAUCCUAGAGGUGGCCCAGUGCCAAGGUCAGGAGAGCAGUAUCCCACUACAGGCAGCAGGCUCCAGUUUACAAGCCAGCACCCAGCAUCUUCCUUCCACAAAGAACCAACACAGGUCUGGAAAACCAGCUCAUUAUCCAUUUCCCCAGAGGAAACAUCCCAGGAUCUCCCAAGCUGCCCGGAACCUGGGCUUAUAUGGUCCACCCUGAAGCUUUCACUCAGCCAGACGUCUCAUCUUUGUGGCCAUCAAUCAACUCAAUCAAGGAAGGACACAAAGCCACAACCAGACAGAGCCUUGAACAAUGAGCAACAGUUGGACCACCCCAAUUGUGGAACUUCUUAAUGGGAAAUGGUCUUUUCCUUCAAAAUUCAGGAGAAUACUCAUCAGACUGCUUACCGUUAAGAUGAACGUUCUCUCUUUUCCACACAGCCUGACUUUAGUCCUAUAGGGGAACAUUGCCAACAGUUCUAGCUGCUUUUCCACGGCUGGGUCCAGUAGGACAUUUGGUGGUCCCAGAAGUAAAGCAGGAACCUUAGCAAGAUGGGUAUUUUCACAAUGUCUGGAACAUUGUGCUUAUAGGAGCUCUUUUUUUUUCUCUUCAAUAUUUUCUGAUUCUUUGUAUAUUUUGAGAAGGUCUCUGAGAAUUUAGAACAUUUUUUUCUAGUUGCUCUGUCUGGGGAUUUAGAUGAUUCAGUUAUUAGUAGUGAUCACAUAAUUUCAUUUUAAGCCUCCCAGACUGUGGUCAUCCCUGGUGAAAAGGGUCAGAUCUGUUCCACCUACUAUCUUGUGUGUUCAAGGAGUCCUUGGGAAAGAAUGCUUUCUCUCCGCUGUCACAGAGAUGGUCCAUCCCUGCUUCACUACAAAUCUGUUUCCUGCCAGCCUUCCCUUCUAUUUUUUUUUUUUCCCCAUUCCUCUUACCCUUGUGUUCUCUUCUGUCAAUUAACUUCUUACCAAAAUCCACCAACCACUAGCCAGGUGUGGUAGCAAAUGCAUGUAAUCCCAGCAAUAAGGAGGCUCCAGGAGGCAAGACCGUCAAGAGCUCAUGCCUGUGUUAUAUGAGAUCCUCCAACCAAACAACAAACAAAACAAAAUGGCCGCCAUUGUUGGAGACAGUCAUCAGAGCUGAAGGGAGGGGAGAGACCCUCCCGCUUGGAAAACAGGCAUCUCCACAAACUACCUCCUUUGUAGCCUGCUGAUGACUCAGGUCCCUCCUGAAAGGCUUAGCAUGCUUUGGAGUAAGAAGUCUAUUAGAAGAGCUAUUAGCGUGAACACCAUGGACAGACAGACAGACAGACAGGCAGGAACAGGUGGGGCUCUGAAGGCAG